AAAAGAAGAAGAAAACACCACAGGCACAUCUGGAGGAGGACCCAAAGGCUCCUCCAUCACUCCGCUCUGACCACGUCCACACACUCUUUCGCAUUUGACUCGGUCCGGUCCGGCUUCAAGACUCCCACGGCUUGCUUUUACUUGGCUCAUCGGGAAGACCUCGGGAUUUGCGCCAGUCGGAGAAGAAGAAGAAAAUGUUGCCGCUCUUGGUGGUCGCCUUGGCCUGCGCCAUCCGCUGCUUUUCCGUCACGGCAGAUGUGUUGAGAGCAGAGGCGUGGCUUCAGCAAUACGGCUACCUGCCCCCCGGCGACGUCCGAGCGCAGGCCCUGCGCUCGCCCCGCUCGGUGGAGACGGCCGUCGCGGCCAUGCAGAGGUUCUACGGCUUGACCGUCACCGGCUCCAUCGACACCAACACCUUAACGGCGAUGAGCCGUCCACGAUGCGGAGUUCCGGAUAAAUUUGGGGCGGAGCUCAAAAGUAACCUGAGGAGAAAGCGCUACGCGGUGCAAGGAUUGAAGUGGGACAAGUCGGAGGUGACUUUCAGUAUCGAGAAUUACACGCCAAAAGUGGGCGAGCGCGCCACCUACGAGGCCAUCCGGAAGGCCUUCAAAGUGUGGGAGGACGCCAUCCCGCUCACUUUCAGGGAGAUUCCGUACAGCCACAUCCGGGGCAAGGUGGACAAAUACGCCGACAUCAUGCUCUCCUUCUCGGAGGGCUUCCACGGCGACAGCACCCCGUUUGAUGGCGAAGGCGGCUUCCUGGCUCACGCCUACUUCCCCGGUCAAGGGAUGGGCGGGGACACGCAUUUUGACCUCGCCGAGCCCUGGACGACGGGGAACGUGGACCAGGGCGGGAACGACGUUUUCCUGGUGGCCGUCCAUGAGCUAGGUCACGCUCUGGGUCUGGAGCACUCCAACAACCCCUCUGCCAUCAUGGCGCCCUUCUAUCAGUGGAUGGACACUGACAACUUCCAGCUUCCGGAUGACGACCGCAGAGGCAUCCAAGCCAUUUAUGGGACCGAGACAGGCGGUCCUCCUCCGCCGCCGAGACCCACAAAGUCGUCCAACCCCAAGAGACCAGAACACGGUCCGGACAUCUGCGAGGGACACUUUGACACCAUCGCCAUUCUCAGAGGCGAAAAGUUUGUCUUCAAGGACCAGUGGUUUUGGCGCGUGCGCAACAACAAGGUGCUUCCGGGCUACCCGAUGCCCAUCGCUCACUUCUGGAAGGGCCUGCCUUCCAACAUCAACGCCGCGUACGAGCGGGACGACGGCAAAUUUGUCUUCUUCAAGGGUGACAGGUACUGGGUCUUCAGCGAAUCCACAAUGGAUAAGGACUCUCCCAAGAGCCUCCGAGACAUGGGGAGCGGUCUGCCGCAAGAUAGAAUGGACGCGGCGCUCUUCUACACCCCCACGGGCCAGACCUACUUCUUCAGGGGCACAAAGUACUACCGCUUCGACGAGAGGACUCGCACAGUGGACAGCGGCUACCCCAAGCCCAUCGGCACGUGGAGCGGCGCUCCGGACAACAUCAAGGCGGCCAUCAUGAGCGAGGACGGCUCGUACACCUACUUCUACAAAGCCAACAAGUACUGGAAGUUCAACAACCAGUACAUGAAAGUGGAGUCGGGCUACCCCAAGUCUGCGCUGAGCCACUGGAUGGGCUGCGAGGGGGAGGAGCCCAAGAAGGGUCGCAAAGAGGAAGUGAUCAUCCUGGAGGUGGACGAGGCCGGGGGCGGCGUCGGGCCGGCGGCCGUGGUGAUCCCGCUCCUCCUCUUGGUCCUGGUGGUGGUCACCCUGGGGGCGCUGUUGUUCUUCAGGAAAUACGGCACGCCCCGCCGCCUCCUCUACUGCCAGAGGUCACUUCUGGACAAGGUCUAGGCAGCGGCUACCCACGGACUACCGCAGAGCGACCCGAACAGGAGCGAGCAAGGGCCAGUUGGAGGUGGGAACCGAGAGACGGAACGGCGCAAGCACUGACGAGAGACAGACGGAUGGACGCUCGGUCCAAACAUUUGGGGGGUUUCCACGUAGAAACCAAAACCCGCUGUAUUUCUAUGCUAUCUAUUUACAUUAAGAACAGAAAAACAAACAACAAACAAUGACUUCCUAGAUCUCUUGCUCAUAUUCCUUUUUUUGUUUGUUUUUUAACGCCCUGAGAUACACUACUCCCAAAAAGUUGAUGAAUGCACAAUAAGUCAAGUUGUUUCGACUCGACACGUGGCAGGUUUCAAACAGACGUCGCGGCGAGAGGGAAGCGGCCGCCGAGCUUCGUUCAGGUGGAAUCGGUAGCUCGCUAACAAACAAACGCGUGGAUCACCCGGCGGCUCGGAAGACAAGGCAGCUAUCCACAAAGUCCAAUUAGGUCCGCCUCCAAAGGUGCCUUUUCACUUGAUCCUGACUUGUUUGGGAGUAGUGUUUGUUUAGUGGACGGGUUUGGCCGAACUGCUGUUUGAUUGCAAGCCAUCCAAAUCCACGCCACAGUUGCCAAAGACAUUGCAGAUAACCGCAGGGAUGCAUCUUUUCCACAUUUUCCCUUGUUGUUUUUCUGUAUCCGCACAAGUUAAGGUGGGACGAGUCGGGUCGGUCCGGUCCGACAAUUUGGUUCUCUUCGUCUCUGCACAGAGACGGACGGGGAUCAGCAGACAACAAUACGGUGCAAUCAGUAUUAAGGGAUUUUUUUUUUUCUUCUUCCUUGUAAAUGAUCGCUCGCUGCAUUGGUGUUAUUAUUUUUAUUCCAAGUACGUAUGUUCUCAUCGUUGGCUAUUUGGUCUGCAUGUGUUCAUUGUCAAUUACGAGUCCUGCUGGACAGAGGCGCAGCGUGACAAUGAUCGAGCAAGUAAGCAACAAUCUGGGUUUGCUGAUUGUUAGUGCAAACCUUUUUCCCAGACAUUAGCUCGUGAUCAUCCAUGCUAUUUAUGAACACAUGGGGCUGAGUUUCUUCAAAGCAAAAUCAAAAGUGAUUUGGAAUGACCAUACUGAUAUUUAUAAUGAUGAGUGUAUCAAUAAAAGCCAACGAGCUUGUU